UGUCUCCAGAUGGGAGGGGGUAAGGAGGGAGGGAGAUCCCGUCCGGUCCAGCAGUGAUUUCUCAUCCUCCUGCUUACGUCUUUGACUCCGCCUCUCCACUGCCCUGCAUUGAGCUCAGAGUCUCAGUGCCCCUCUCCUGUUGUUCCGUGCUGAUCUACUGAUACGAUGGCCUCCGAUGGUAUGGAUGAACGAUCCCCGUUGUUGUCAGCACCGAACUCGGGGAAUGUCACGCCCACCGCUUCGCCGUACCUGCAGGACUCGAGCCCGAGAGCUGAAUUACCUCCACCCUACACAGCCAUUGCCAGUCCAGAUGCGAGAGGAGUUCCUGUCAUUAACUGUCGAGUGUGCCAGUCACUUAUAACUCUGGAUGGCAAGCUCCAUCAGCACGUGGUGAAGUGCACCAUCUGCAAUGAGGCCACGCCUAUAAAAAAUCCACCAACAGGAAAGAAGUAUGUUAGAUGUCCUUGCAACUGCCUGCUAAUCUGUAAAGACACGUCUAGGAGGAUAGGAUGCCCUCGGCCCAACUGCAGACGGAUCAUCAACCUGAGUCCUGUGAUGGUGAUCCCAGAGGAGCAGCCCGCCCAGCCAGCUCUGCCCGUCCAGCCCGAGGGCAUGCGUGUGGUCUGCGGCCACUGCGGCAACACAUUCCUUGGCAGCGAUGAUGAUGAUGAUGAUGAUGAUGAUGAUGAUGAUGAGUGCUCCCAGUCUUCCUCAGGCCUGGCUAUUCGCGGCCCCGCUGAUCUUUUCAAGUGGAUGGAGCUACGGUUCAAUACACUGGCCAAGUGCCCGCAUUGCAAAAAAAUAUCCUCUGUAGGCAGUGCUCUACCCAGAAGGCGCUGCUGUGCCUACAUUACAGUAGGAAUGAUCUGCAUUUUCAUCGGUGUCGGUUUAACAGUGGGCACUCAGGACUUCGCCAGGCGUUACCAUGCUACUUACGUGUCCUGGGCCUUCGCGUAUCUCCUGGGCCUCAUCUGUCUGGUACGAGCCUGCUACUGGGGAGUGAUUAAAGUCAGCUAUCCAGAAAACACCUUUGCGUAGACAAAGCCUCCGUCCUUCAAGUCCUUAGUGUUUGAUUUCUCUUAAUUUGAACAGGUUAACUGUUACAAGAACAUAAGAAUCCAGGGGGUUUAGAUACUAGAUACUAUGUUUCAGAUUGAGUUAUUGAUUAGCUCUGAUGUAACUGAUUUGAACCCACGUUAUGAUGCCUUGAGCUAUUAAGGUGAAAUCGGUGAUUCAAAAAAAUAAUACAAAUAAUCCGUUCAUGGUACACCUCUUGGAUUUGUCAUGGUGGGUGGAUUACAAACAUAUUUUAUGUACUGCAUUUUGUUAACAACUUGACCAAAAGAGAUGAACAAUUUGUCCAUUGCACUACGAUUUUAUGCAAUUCUUCUGUUGUGUUGCUGCUAGUCACUACAGCUGUUAGGAGCUGAGAGAUGUCAUGUGUUCAGAGAGCCUGCCAGCACCCAUGAUGGCACUAUCUGUCACGUUCAGAUAUAUUUAACUGUUCUUUAAAUGCCGUGCCAACAUUUUUCUUGUUUAGUAUCCGUCUCCCUCGGAUGAAAUUUAGCAGUAUUUUCAAACCCUUUUGGCUGCUCAAACUCACUGUCAGCAAUAAUCAUGCUUUUUUUGUGGCUUUAAAAGAAAAACUGCAUGUUCACAGACACCGGACCUCUAAAACAAACUUCUGGGUUCAAUACAAGUUAAGCUGAUUAGACAGCACUUGAUAUUGGCAUGAUAUUGACUGAAUAACACAAAAAUAAUUUUGACCAGUGCUUUCUUCCACCUUCAAUGGCACGACUGAGGUGAGACCCUUGAGCAAGACACAGAACCGUGUGUGUGUGUGUGUGUGUGUGUGUUCAUUUACUACUCACUGUUGUGUGUGUGCACGUGAAUGGGUUAAAUGCAGAGCACAAAUUCCGAGUUUGAAGCUCCAUACAUUGCUAUAUGUCAGUUCACUCACUAAUUUGCCUAAACAACUAAAACAGUUUGGCAGAUGUAUAGAAGAAUUAUUGUAAAUGCAUUUUUACAAUUAUAAGCUUCACGUUUAUAUUUUUAAAUAAUCUGAAAAUUGGCCCCAGUCACUUCCAUUCUAAGAGCCUUACUGUAACCUUAGUUUUUGGUUUAAAGAAUAAAAUAUAAGUAUAAAAUAUUUAUUUUGUGGCCACAAAUGCUGUGUAAUUGAUCUUAACUUAAACUGAACCUGAAAUAUUUCUUCAGUUUUACUCACUCAUCAGUAAUAUUGACACGUGGUGAAUGGGAAACGCAUGAUUUUAUUUGGAUUCUUUUGUACUCAGAAAUUGUGUUUUAUUAGUCUGUCACUGACGGGGCACUGUGUGUAGAAUGUGAACGCCCCACUGCUACCCGCCUAAAUCCACAACCUGCCACAACCUUGCUAGUAUUGCUGUAGCUUACAUUUACAGUAGUUCUGUAUUUUGUCAAGACAAAUGGAGAUUACUAUACUAUCUAAACUUGUUCUGAAUGUGACAAGUCAGUGGAGUCCUUGUACAUAGGAAACUGAGCACACAAAGUCUGUAGUUCAAGUUGGAAUAUGGCUUGGGUCUUUUUAAAACAAUAAUUUCUCAAUAAAAUGCUAAAAUAUUCUUU